AUGUGUUGCAUGUGUAUGAAAAGUUGCGAAACUCUUAGCCACAUCACCUGGCAUUACAGAGUUUCUAGGAGGAUUUGGGGUUGGGCGGCUGGAAUUUUCAAACUGCAACCAAAUGAAGAUCUGGUGGAUUCGUAUAAGGCUGCUAAGGGUCGCAGCAGAAUGAUAAAGGACUUGUGGCUUGUUGCAAACCUUGCAAUUGUCACGGAAUUAUGGAAGUUACGCAAUAAGUCUUAUUUUGAGGAUAUGGCAGUUCAAUGGCUUGGUUUUAAAGGGAGAGUAUAUCAGGUAAUUCGUGAUAACUCAAUUAGAAUGAAGUGCCAUAUGUAUAAUAAUUUAGAGGAGUUGUGCAUCUUGAAUUAUUUCAAGGUGAGGCAUAGAUCAUGCAAAACGUCUACCCCAAUUGAGGUUAGUUGGUCUCCUCCUAAUCAUGAUGAAAUAAUGAUUUGUUGUGAUGGUGCGUCUUUCGGAAAUCCAGGCCAAGCUGGUUCUGGUGUUGUUUUCCGUGAUGCAAAUUCGGAAGUGCUUGGUGUUCUUUGUCUUGGCCUAGGUUGGAAAACCAAUUACUAUGCUGAAGUUUGUGCGAUUAUAUAUGGUGCGAUGUUGGCCAAAAUAUAG